UUAUCUGUAUACUUUAACCACAAAUUGGAGAAGUUUUCUAACCCUUUAUAGCCAGUUUUCUUUAGUCCACUCCGCAAUGAGGUUUAUACUUAUAAUUUGUGUUUCCCUAAUGUUUGUGGGACUCGUAAAAUCUAUGAUAUUUGUCAAAAAACUGCAUGAUAAUAAAUUCCCUGGUCAGUGCUAUCCGAUCCACGUCCGUGUUGGCAAAAAGAAAAAGUACGACAUCUUUGCCCUCCAGCCUGGGGAGGAGGUCAACGACCCAAACACUUGCGGCACCACGGUUUGCAUGAACGCCGAAGGACUCGCCUAUGUAUAUUACUGCCCUAGAACCCUUCCGAGCAGUGGCUGCCAGGACGACCAUGCCAUGGAUACGUUGCUCAAGUUUCCGGAGUGUUGCUGGACCUGUGGGGCCAGCAGGAAGUGCACCGAGGAAGAGUCCUUUCCCUCCUAUCCUUACCCACCCAAUAAGAACGCGGAUGUAUUCCGUCAAUUUUGAUUAGCAGUUUAUUCAGAAAAAAUAUAAAUGCAUUGCGAA